CUGGCCGACUGGUGGCAGCCAGUCCAAAGGCCAGAUGUGGCGGCGGCUCUAGUCGCACGCGUGCGAGAGAGACGAUCACGACACGGCGUGCGGUACUCCCGCGAGGAAACGCGAGGAAACCAGUAGGGAAACCGCGGAUCGAAUAUACACAUACACACACAACACAUAUAUAUAUAGUCUCUUCAUGGUUCAACACGGCGAUCGCCUAGCCUAUCGUCUGUGAAUUCGUGCGCACGAUUGUUCGACUGUCAGAAGAGACGAGAAGAGGAGGAGGAGGAGGAGGAGGAGGAGGAAGGUUUAGGUACUCCGUUAGGGAGAGUCAGUCGUUGCUUCUGCUCUUCUGUUUCGAAAAGGAGAGAGAAAGAGAAAGGACAACGAACUCAAGUCUCGACGAGGACGUCGAGGACUCGCUCCCUGGGACCUGGCCUGGCUAGGCUGUUCUGCUCCUUCUGGGGAUUGAUCGUUGAGGCACGUAGCACGGUACCGAGAGGGAGAUUUUUUGGGGGUGAUCGCGGUUUCUUGGUGGAAUAUAAAUAAAUAUAUACGUGAGGGAUCACCAGAUUAUUCGGUGGUAGAAGGGGGAACGAGAGGAGAGUGCAACUCCUAGGUGCGGAUUUUUCUUGGAGACCUAGGAGAUCGGUCUUCCUCGGUUCUCGAGAGGUGUUUGUACAGGGUUUGUCUUCUUGGAAGAAGUGAUUUGACGAAAAAAAAAAAAAAAAAAAACAAAGGAGAAGACAAAGGAGAAAGAUAUACACCCCGGAACAUGUCUGGGAUUCAAAUCAACGUGGAAGAGGCCUCCAACGAUGGACGCGAGGACGAUCUCGUUCCUGAUAUCGAGGCGACAGCGGCUACGACGGCGGUAGCGGGCAGCCCGCUUUCCUGGCACAUCCCAAGGCCGUCCUUGGUGGGACGAAGCGAGAGGGACAGUGAGAAUGGUAGCUGGGCUCAUCAUCUGCACCCAAACUCGCCAUCCAGAGGAUCCACCUCGUCGCAGGGAUCCACAGCCAGUACACACAGUGCCGCAUCGGGCACAUUACUCCUGACAGCCGCUAACCUGGCCAAUCUCGCGGCCAUACAUCCACCUACAGUAACAGCACCGAAACAGAUGGAUACUGCAUCGGUGGCGAGCAGCACCCACUUCACCGUGGUGAACGGCCUAGGCAGACCGACCACCGUCUACAGGAAGUCCUGCUGCGCGAGAAAUCAGCUCACGGUGCUCGUCUGCACGAUGAGCUUCCUAUUCAUGGUCGGUUUGCUGCUUGGGAUUCUCUACAUGGAAAUGAGAAUUCGCGACAAGUACCACUAGGUCGACGGGAGCUGGUAAGUCGAGUGAUCGUGGACUAUCCUUUAGAAGUCUACAGAAAAUAGCCUAACGAAGGAGCAACGAAAACGAUUGGGGCCAGAAGCUAAUGAAUUUCUUCGAAGCGUUUAAAAUUAGGAUUCUCGAUCACGAAAUUAUUCGUAUAUUUAUAAUAUACAUGUAUAUUAUCACUUAGAGCAUUAGGACGACUCGAUUAGACGUUCUCUGUCAGAGAAAAAAGUUUCAAAGGCUGUAUUGCACCGUGUAUUCAGCGUGUGUGGUACGUGAAAACUCAGUAAUUACAUUCAUGUAAUAAAUUAACUUUAGGUAAGGCCGUAUAGAUAGCACGAUCCUAACUCUUAAAUUUGAGCCACUUAUCUUCUAACGCCAGAAAAACGCAACAUUUGAUUCGAAAUUCGAAAUUAAUUAUUCGUACAAUAUUUCUUUCCACUUUCCACUCUCUCCCUUUUUAUAUUAAGUCAGAUAACGAAAUUAAAAGCGAAUUGUAUUAUUCCUAACUUUGUUUAUUAUCUCUAUUCGAGCUUAAAAUUCUUCAAGCUCUGAAACGAUUUUUUUUUAAUUUAAAUUGAAUUUAAAUAAAAACAAUCUAAAUAUUUUAUUUAAAUUUUAUUUAAAUUAAAUUUAACAGCGAUACUAUUGUAAAAAAAGACAAUAAUAGUCAUACGCAUAAGUACGUUUGUUCGAUUAACUUUGAUGGACAGUUCGAAGCAAUCGACGAGAUGGGAGUAAGAUAAGCGAAUAUGUUAAUUUUAGGGGUCGUUAUUUAAUUGUUACUAACAGAAAAAAAAAGCCUAAAUAAAACCUGGAUCCCACAUAUGUCAGGGUAUCGUGUUCCAGGGAAUGUGUAUGGAAAAGAAAUGAGCAACGAUCGUGUCGAUGUCGAUCGUUGACUCACAACUGUGAUAUUACUUGCGUAUUAAUUAAUCGUCGAUUCAACAAGAAACUGUCGAACCAUGAAGAAAAUUA